AGAAAAUACACGACCCAAGAGCCAAGGGGAAGACGGCGGUCGUACCACACACAGUCGUCCGCCUUUACUGGGUGGCUGCGAGCAAGAAGAAAAUAUAUGUGUGUAUAUAUAAAACUUAUAUUUUUCUCGCAGCAUUUUUCUCGGUUUUGUUUGAGCAGCGGCGAGCACCUUCUUCUCCCCCCAAAUGGCAGGAAUAGAAGUAGUGUUAUGAGCGUCAAGACGUUUGCUUCGUUCUGGUCGUCGUUGCCGUGGUCGUAGUCGUAGUCGCCGUCGUUGUCGUACUGGUCGUGGCCGAUGCUGCUGUUGCUGUUUCUGCCACUAUUGCUGCCAGCUUCCGCCGAUAUGGACAGCAUCGCGGUGACGCUGCGCGCUCCGUGGCCGUUUGGCAAUUGUGUCAGAGCUCGAUGUGCAAGGAUGUGUGCGAUCGGUCGUACCCGGUGAUCGACAAACUACGCGCGCGUGCUCCACCAUUUCCACCAUCGCCAGUCGGUGCCUUAAGCUGUGGCUGAACGGAGACGCGUAACCUGAACCCGGCAACUUAACGUUCCUACUAUACGCUCCCUAAGCGAACCGUGUGAUACUGCGAAGGUGAAGUGACUAACCCAUGCACACACACACAUAAACGCGGCCACUGAUCCACAGCAAGCGAAACCAACAGUUCCUAAGUGUUACCCAACAAGCCUUUAUAGUUUAUCAAUCAACGCUACCCGUGCGCUGUUGUGACGGAAAUAGUUUAGCACACAUCUUCUGUACUGUGCUCAGUUAAUGCGGAAGCUAAUCUGGGGCAGAAACCUUCAUUCAACAUGCGGAAAUAGAAAUUGUGUCAUACGCUGUGCCCUCCAGGUCCACUAAUACCCGUGCCGCAAAUGAAACGCACUGGGAUAGCCGAACUGCCGGAAGCCAAACUAACUUCCUGCAGAAGCAGGUCGGUAAAGUUUACCAAAAACUUUCAACGAGGAAAACUUCCUCGUCCAUGUGCGAAAACGUGAGAGAACGGAGGGAAGCAACCGAAAGGAUUACGCGAGCCCGACAUUAUUCUAAUAGUUUUACUCUUUGCACGAGUAAAUCGUAAGAAGUGACCGGAAAAAGCGAAAGUCCUUAUCCUCCCCCCCCCAUUUCUGUGGUCACUUUGAAGUGUGGUGAAUGGUGGUGUGUUUAUACAGUGGGGGCAAGGAGAAGCAUCUUAAAAUGCAAACACAACAAUCGUAGGCUGUUUGGUGAGUUAGUUCCUUGGUGAGCCAGUGGUGAGUUGGUGAGUGUGAAAAGUGAGCGAGUGUUAUUAAGUAUUUUCACCAGGCGUGUGGAAUCGUGAGUAAAAGUGAGUUUGAGGGAGAAGAAAAGAAAAGGAGAGAGAGAGAGAGAGAGAGAGAGAGAGAGAGUAAGAAAGAGAUAAAGAGAGAGAGUGAGAGAAAGCGUGAGAUUGUAUUUAUAGCUCAGAAAUAAAGUGUGUGGGAUCGACCCUGUUCGAUCUCCAACGUGAAUAAAUAAUAGUUCCUACAAGUGAAUCCAAGGCUCGCGCUAUAUUCUACACCGAUGACGUCGUCAAAGCUGCGCAUUAAAGACGAUCUUUACAAUCGCCUAUCUCCCGUUCAAACCGAUGAGAUGCUGUACAAAGAAACCACCAAAACCAGAAGUAGCUAUGGCUACGAUCAUCAAGAUUCUUGCGAGCGUCCACUGCGCUACGCAGAAGAGUGUCCCACACAGACCAAAUUCAGCACGAAACAUUUAACCAACACCUCCUCCCACCUCCAUCACGACGCCGACGACGAUGAUGGUGACGAGGACGACGACACCACGGACACGGAAAUGCCACCCAAGUCGGCGUUCAUACUGCGGGCCCAAUUCUACCAGAACUUGUUUGCCGCCUCGGCCAAUCUGCUCAAGAAGCAACGGCCAACCAAGCGGCAUCGUGUACCGGCGCCCGCCUCGGACGGUUUUGAAGCCGACGCGUCCGGCGACGACGCCGGAAUCGACGAGAAGGCGGAAGAUUUGUCCAGUCCACUCGAGACGGCACUUGCCGGUGUGGGCCAGCUUCAGAAGUGUUUGUUCCCAAGCGCGCCCGCUCCGCAUGGCCGGCAGGAAAGUAACGGUGGCAACGGGGCCGCUUCGGAAGUGGGGUGUGAUGUUGACACGGCCGAUGAAAUGCUGGAGAAACCGUCGAACGCGUUCCCGUGGCUUUCGGAGGCAACGAACAACAACGACUACACGAAGGGCAACAACAACCACCACGGUACGCCGCCCCAUCUGCAUCAUCCGCACCAUCCGCACCACCAUCAUCACCACCAUCACCAUCCGCACCAUUCCCAUCAUCUGACCCACUCGGCGGCGGCGGCGGCGGCAGCAGCAGCGGCAGCAGCGACAUCCUCUGGCACUCAGUCCAGCGUAGGGCCGGCGUCUUCGAGCACCGGCAACUGUCGGCACCCGGAAGACACCAAGUGCCGGGCGCUGAACUGUGGUGGCGGUGGCCCACCGCAGUCACCGUCCGCCGGUUCGAGCCUAGCGGCCAACGAGGGAGCCACUCCCGAUUCCAGCAGCACGACGGCGACCGCCACGGCUAUCCCGAACUUUAACCAGAUGCCCGUGCCGGGAGGGGUGCAGGGCCAGAACCCGACCCAGGGCCUGGUGCACUGGAUGAGCGCGGUGAUGGCCGAGCACAUGACGUCCAACCCGCACCACGAUCCGGCCGCCGUCGGCAUGCACUACAUGUGGAAUGGACCGGUGGAGCAAUGUGGUCAGCACACGAAGGACAUGGACACGUACGGUGGUUGGCCGGCACCGCGAAACCCAAUGUCCAUGAAGCAAGGAUACGAGGCGAAAAUGAAUCCGGUCGAUCAUCACCACCAUCACCACCAUCACCAUCACAACAACCUGCAGAAGGGUCACAUGAUCGACGAUGGCCGGCUGCUGGACCACCACACGAUGCAAACGGGCGCGGCCCAGAUGAGCCAGCUGUACGGGGCUCGCGGUUCCUCCAGCAGCAGCUCGCCGGGCGGAGGCCUCGGCCAUGCCGGUGGCGGACCGACCAAUCCUGCCGCCGCACUGCUCGUCGUCCCGCAGCCCAUCAACGCUACCAAGAUCGGUGCAACCGGGCUGCCGAACGGAACGGGCCGAAAGUAUCAGUGCAAAAUGUGUCCGCAGAUCUUCACCUCCAAGGCGGACCUGCAGCUGCACACGCAGAUUCACAUGCGCGAAGCGAAACCCUACAAAUGCUCCCAGUGCAAUAAGGCGUUCGCCAACUCGAGCUAUCUAUCCCAGCACACGCGCAUCCAUCUUGGCAUCAAGCCGUACCGGUGCGAGAUCUGCCAGCGCAAAUUCACCCAGCUCUCCCAUCUGCAGCAGCACAUCCGGACGCACACCGGCGACAAACCGUACAAGUGUCGGCACUCGGGCUGCCUCAAAGCGUUCUCGCAGCUGUCCAACCUGCAGUCGCACUCGCGCUGCCACCAGACGGACAAACCGUACAAGUGCAACUCCUGCUACAAGUGUUUCGCGGACGAGCCGGCCCUGCUGGAGCACAUCCCGAAGCACAAGGAGUCGAAGCACCUGAAGACGCACAUCUGCCAGUACUGUGGCAAGUCGUACACGCAGGAAACCUACCUGUCCAAGCACAUGCAGAAGCACGCGGAGCGGACGGACAAGCGGCCCCCGAUUGGGACGCGCAGCAGCAGCAGCACGGUCAAUCUGAGCGCGUCCACACCCGGCAGCAGCAGCAGCUCGGGCAGUGCAUCGAACGGGGCCACGUCCAACGGUGGCGCGGCCACCAGCAUGGCGGGGGAGAGCGCCUUCUGGCCGAAGGUAAGCCCCGAUUCGGCGGCAGCCACCAUCAACGACGUCAUCAACCAGCAGAACAAUCACCACGAGUUCAGCCUCACCCCGAACGGUAGCGCAACGAACGGGAGCACCGGCAAUGGGCCACAGUCGAACGGGACGGAUCACCCGGGAGGAGGGCCACCACAGCAGCAACAACAGCAACAACAGCAGCACCACAAUCAGCGAGACGAUGCCGUCGACGAGAUGGUAGGACCAGCGGCCGCCCGAGGGCCGCCGGACAGUGUCGUUGGUAACGGUGCACCGAACGGUGGGAAUGCAGGCUCCGGUGCCGCCAAUCAAGCGUCCGGACAGCAGCAGCAGCAGCAGCAGCAACCUCCGCCCCAACAGCAACACAACGGUACCAUGAACGGUGGUAACCUCGCGAUCCCGCCCGUCUCGACGCCGAUGAGCUACGACACCGGCAGCAUAGCGAAGGCGACAAGCAACUCGGCCUUCACGCCGAUCAACGCGAUGCCGCCGCACCUGAACGGCCUGCAGCACCAUCAUCAGCUGGCGACGCAGCGGCCCUCCUACCUGUACGAUGCGAUCAGCUUCCAGAACCAGAAGGCCGCCAUGUCCCAGAGCCCCUCGAACGCGUUCCCGAACCAGCUGAUCUCGCUGCACCAGAUACGCAACUACGCGCAUCAGCCGGCGGGUGGGCUGAUGGCCGGCGAGCAUCUGCUCGGCGUUACGGUCGGUCCGGGCGGCAAGGAUAAGGGUUAAGAGGGGUUCCGCACCGGACUCGAAUGGAUCAGGAAGGUGUACCCCUGGCCCACCAGAAGUUACUUUUUAAAUCUGUACAUAAACGAUCACCUGGCGAUCGCCGCCUUGACCAUUCCGGGACGAGCAAACCAGAGGCUAAGCGCAGAACUAUGGUUGUGUGAUCGAGCCGUUGCCAUCCUAGACUUUUCGGGCAUUCGCAAUGGACAUAUCGGUUUGACAUACCGGCGGUUAGCAAGCAAGCAAGCUAGGGUUCCGUCUAUCUCCCCUUUGUUAGUGCAUUUAUUUAAACGAUAUCGCUGGUCUCAUUUCGUGUCCCGAGAUGCUGAUCCGGACUCCCUUCGGAGAACGCUGUGUAGUAAAUGUUGUAGCCAUGUACAGCCAUGCUCCCCCUUCCUACACUUCCCCAAAACGUGACGAUACUUACGUCACGAUUGCAAAAUAAUUACAGGACCGUCCACAGAUUGCUUCGUACGCUUGCAAACGUCCAGCUGAUCACGUUUCCGUUCCUUCCUUUCGCCUGUAACACAAAGCGUCACGAUGUCGUCUAGCGACGAUUUCCGAAUGAUGUUUAGUUUUCCUACAUACAACUGUGAUAAACCAGCAAGGUGGACAGGAAGGAUUGGUCCAGUCUCGCUUGAGUUUCCUUUUUUUCCACUGUGUUUUCUUCCCUUCCUUCCCCCUAUUGCGAUCUUUACUGUCCUUUACACGAAUUUUCCCCGAUCGCCGGCAAGUUUAAUCAACCAUCCUGUAACGGAGGUCGUUGCAAUGCUACACAUUGCAGUUGCUGCAAUUUAUUAGUAGAAGGUGUAAAAAUGGGUAGCUAUUUUCCGUUCAAAUUGAAGGAAAGAUUAACCUGCGGCACCGCAGUGAAUCUUUUAGUAUACUAAGCUUUGAAGCAAACAAAAGGUUCCUCAUAUGGUACUGAAUAUGAGAGUAUGUGUAAAGUUUAAUGUGAGCACUGCGUGCGAUUUAGGCUACAAUCAUCGAAGAAAUAUUGAACCCCUUUUUGCCCACAACAUCUAACUUCCUUCGUACGACAACUUAUUGAAAAUUAAAAACAAAAAUCACACACACACACACACACACACAUCCCUAGUGGAAAAGGAUCCAUUCCAUUGAUGUAAGGGAAGUAAAAUAAGUAAACAGGCGAACAGAAGCAGAAGCAGCAGUAGCAGAAGAGAGGUAGAAUAUGCCACCGAGCGAAAGCAACGAAAUACUGAGCAGACACUACUAAGUAUAAGUAAGGAAAGGAUAUAAGUAAAACUAAAUCUAACAUACAAAACAAGAGCAACCAAUCGUUGUGCGUGGGUAUGUGUGUCGAUGGUGCAAAGCAUAGGCAAACCGUGCUGCUGAGUAAAAUAUAUUAGAAACUGUAACUGUUAAGUAACGGAAUUUUCUGAUGCAUACACAUAAAAGCAACACCACCACCAGGACCACCACUACCACCAUAGGGAAAGAGGGUCUUUGCCGCUGUUUGGCGCUGCUCGAUGGUUUGUUGCUCUUGCGUUCGUGUAACGCAUCAUUAAAUGAAGCGUUGCGUUACGACAGUGUAACGCACAAGAGUAAUAUUGAUGGAAGAGUAAUAAUAUUUUAUAAUUUUUGAAUCAUUGUAUCUGUACAUCUCCCACAACGACACAAGAACAAACUAUACACAGACAUACCAACACAUACAUAGACAGAUUCACAAACAAAAAAGCUCUAAACUAUGAAACUAUUUCAAAAAUCAAAUAAAAAUAAAAUUCUUAUAAAUGUAUGUA